AUGGUUCGCGAUCGCAGUCCCGAACGACGACGAUCACGAUCGAGAGAAAGACGUGAUCGCGACCGGUACGACGAAAGAGAAGCUCAUAGAGAUAAAAAGCGUAGGGAUCGUUCACGAAGCCCCCGAAAAGACCGAGAAAGGUCCAGAAGUCCAAGGAAAGAAAGAGAGCGCUCUAGGAGUCCCAAUAGGAAGGACCGAGGCAGGUCUCGAAGUCCUAAGAAACGCGAUGGCAAGGAGAAAGAACGACGCUACGAUGACAAAGAGAAGUAUCGCUCGAAGAGGGAAGGCGAUAACAAACCUGAAAAAGAAGAAGAUGGGCAAUCAGAAAGUGUAGAAAAAAAGGAGGACUCAAAACCUGUGAAAAAGGAACCUUUAUCAUUAGAAGAACUACUCGCCAAAAAGAAAGCUGAGGAGGAAGCCCGUAGUAAGCCAGUAUUCUUAACAAAAGAACAAAGAGCUGCCUUGGCAUUGGAACGUCGUCGUGAGCAGGUAGAAGCGAUGAAGGCCAACACAUCAAAUCCGACUAUAGCUACAAUAGAUCUCACAGGAAACUCCAGAAAAGAUGAUGACAGAAAAUUUAGGGAAGAAAGGGAGCGAGAGCGUGAGAGAGAACGAGAACGUGAUAGAGAAAGAAAGUAUGAAGAGAGGAAAUCAAAUAAUGAACGGAAGGAUGAUAAAAAAGAAAAAGAAGAUGAAUUAAGUGGUAAAGAUAAGGAAAGGGAAGAAGAAGCCAUUAAAGCGAGAUACUUAGGUAUUGUCAAGAAAAAGCGCAGGGUAAGAAGGCUUAAUGAUCGUAAGUUUGUAUUUGACUGGGAUGCGUCUGAAGACACUUCAAAUGAUUAUAAUGCACUAUAUAAAGAAAGACAUCAAGUUCAAUUUUUUGGAAGGGGGCACAUAGCAGGCAUUGAUAUUAAAUCACAGAAAAAAGAUUACAGUAAGUUUUAUGGCAACCUUCUUGAGAAAAGAAGAACAGAACUAGAAAAAGAACAGGAAAAAUUACGUUUGAGAAAAGUUAAGAAGAAGGAAGAUAAGCAAAAAUGGGAUGACAGGCAUUGGUCAGAAAAAGACCAAGAUGAAAUGACUGAAAGGGAUUGGAGAAUCUUUAGGGAAGAUUAUAAUAUUACUAUCAAAGGAGGUAGAAUACCUAAUCCAAUAAGGUCAUGGAAAGAAGCUGGCUUCCAUCAAGACAUAAUGGAAAUUAUAAACAAAGUCGGGUACAAGAGCCCUACACCCAUUCAAAGACAAGCAAUUCCAAUUGGUUUGCAAAAUAGGGACAUAAUAGGUGUUGCAGAAACUGGAUCAGGAAAAACACUAGCUUUUCUUAUACCAUUGCUGACUUGGAUACAGUCUUUGCCCAAAAGCGAGAGAAUGGAAGAUGCUGAUCAAGGUCCAUAUGCUAUCAUCUUAGCUCCUACCCGUGAAUUGGCGCAACAGAUAGAAGAGGAAACUAACAAGUUUGGUGUGCCAUUAGGAAUUACCUCUGUAGUUGUGGUGGGAGGUCUUUCUAGGGAAGAUCAAGGAUUCAAACUAAGAUUGGGAUGUGAAAUAGUAAUAGCUACUCCAGGGCGUCUUAUUGAUGUAUUAGAAAAUAGAUACUUGGUGCUUAACCGUUGUACUUAUGUUGUUCUCGAUGAAGCGGAUCGUAUGAUUGACAUGGGUUUUGAACCGGAUGUACAGAAAAUUCUGGAGUAUAUGCCAGUCUCAAACAUUAAACCAGACACAGAUGCAGCGGAAGAUGCGUCAAUCUUGCUUGCAAAUUAUAAUACUAAGAAAAAAUAUAGACAAACUGUUAUGUUCACAGCAACGAUGCCACCGGCCGUAGAAAGAUUAGCGCGUAGCUACUUGCGUCGACCGGCUAUUGUCUACAUAGGAUCUGUAGGCAAGCCAGUAGACAGGACAGAACAAGUUGUACACAUGAUAGGUGAAAAUGAAAAACGUAGAAAACUUACUGAGAUUCUUCAACGUGGCGUGGAACCGCCCAUAAUUAUAUUUGUCAAUCAAAAGAAAGGAGCCGAUGUUCUUGCAAAAGGUUUGGAGAAACUUGGCUUCAAUGCGUGUACUUUGCACGGCGGGAAAGGACAAGAACAGCGUGAUUUUGCUUUGGCAAGUCUUAAAAAUGGUUCAAAGGAUAUACUGGUUGCAACAGACGUUGCCGGUCGUGGUAUCGAUAUCAAAGACGUCAGCAUGGUCAUCAAUUAUGACAUGGCAAAGUCAAUAGAAGAUUAUACACAUCGUAUCGGUCGUACCGGGCGUGCUGGCAAAACUGGAAAAGCUAUUUCAUUUGUUACUAAAGAGGACUCUGCUAUAUACUAUGAUCUUAAACAAGUUUUGCUCGCCAGCUCGGCUUCAACGUGUCCACCAGAACUAAUGAACCAUCCAGAUGCACAACAUAAACCAGGAACUGUUGUGACAAAAAAACGCCGAGAAGAAAUGAUUUUUGCUUAA